AUGAGUGAGACUCCAAUUGUUCUUGAUCAAGGUACAGGGUUUGUAAAAAUCGGAAGAGCAGGAACUAAUUUUCCUGAUCAUACAUUUCCUUCUAUAGUUGGUAGACCAAUAUUAAGAGCAGAAGAAAGAAAUUUACUUGUUCCUGAUAAUGUUGAAAUUAAAGAUAUUAUGUGUGGUGAUGAAGCUAGUGAAGUAAGAUCAUUAUUACAAAUUAGUUAUCCAAUGGAAAAUGGUAUUAUUAAAAAUUGGGAAGAUAUGGAACAUUUAUGGGAUUAUGCCUUUUAUGAAAGAAUGAAAAUACCUACUCAAGGUAAAAAAGUAUUACUAACAGAACCUCCAAUGAAUCCAUUAAAAAAUAGAGAAACAAUGUGUGAUGUUAUGUUUGAAAAAUAUCAAUUUGGUGGAGUAUAUGUUGCUAUACAAGCUGUAUUAGCUUUAUAUGCUCAAGGUUUAAGUUCAGGAGUUGUAGUUGAUUCUGGUGAUGGUGUUACACAUAUUGUACCAGUUUAUGAAUCAGUUGUUUUAAAUCAUUUAACAAAAAGAUUAGAUGUUGCUGGUAGAGAUGUUACAAGAAAUUUAAUUAAUUUAUUAUUACGUCGUGGUUAUGCAUUUAAUAGAACAGCUGAUUUUGAAACUGUUCGUCAAAUAAAAGAAAAAUUAUGUUAUGUUUCUUAUGAUUUAGAUUUAGAUACAAAAUUAGCUCAUGAAACUACAACAUUAGUUGAAUCAUAUGAAUUACCUGAUGGUAGAGUUAUUAAGGUUGGAUCAGAAAGAUUUGAAGCUCCAGAAUGUUUAUUUCAACCUCAUUUAGUUGAUGUUGAACAACCAGGAGUUGGUGAAUCAUUAUAUAAUGUAAUUCAAAAUGCUGAUGUUGAUGUAAGAUCUUCAUUAUAUAAAGCCAUUGUUUUAUCUGGUGGUUCAUCAAUGUAUCCAGGUUUACCAUCAAGAUUAGAAAAAGAAUUAAAACAAUUAUGGUUAACAAGAAUAUUAAAAGGUGAUGCAACAAGAUUAGAUAAAUUUAAAGUAAGAAUUGAAGAUCCUCCAAGAAGAAGACAUAUGGUAUUUAUUGGUGGAGCAGUUUUAGCAAAUAUUAUGGCUGAUAAAGAACAUAUGUGGAUUUCUAAACAAGAAUGGGAAGAACAAGGUCCAAGAGUAUUAGAAAAAUUAGGUCCACGUUAA